UUUGCCAGACGACUCUCAGUCUUUAUUGUGACUCCAGCUUAGACGGACGUGAGUGCCCGAGGCCAACCAGCAUAAAGUUCGUGCAAAUCGAAAUCCGAGUCGGCAAGCUAGGAAGACAGUGAAAUUCAAGCGAAUUUCAUUUGCAUUUGUGCGGGAUCAUUAACAUGCACGGCUAAGCGCCAUCAAAAGUGGUAAAAUUGCGCAUGCACUCGGCAUUUUGUGCGGUGUGCCACAGCCCUAAUCAGCCAUUCAAGCUGCGCAUGCGCAAGGAAUACAUAAUACAAUACACAAACCAAUCCCAGAUCGAAACUCCCGCGCACGUGUGUUCGUCAAUUCAAAUUUCCAAGGGCAAUUAAACCCCAUCAACAUGACCUCCUCGCCGGGACUCCUCCACAUGGACCAUCCGCUCAAGGCCUUCUAUAUUUUCUUCCUCGACCUGAUAGUGUUCACCUUGAAGUCCAUAUUUUACAUACUGGAAUCGGUUUACUAUAGCCUGCUGCCCCAGCGUUUUAGAAAGCUAAAGGAUGUCUCUGGUCAGGUGGUGCUCAUCACAGGAGGAGGCGGAGGCGUUGGUCGCUUGAUUGCGUUAAACUUUGCUAAACUGGAGGCUCGCAUAGUCAUCUGGGAUAUCAAUCAAGAAGCCAUCAAGACAACGGUGGAUUUGUUGGCCAAACACGGUUAUGAUAACUGCAAGGGUUAUGUGGUCGACAUAUCGGAUCGAGAGCAAAUAUACCAGCGGGCGAGCCAAGUGACCGAGGAAGUGGGUCCGGUUGAUAUACUGAUCAACAAUGCCGGAAUCGUCUGCUGCAAGCCCUUCUGGGAACUGCACGACCGGGUCAUCCAAAACACGUACAACAUCAACAUUAUUUCGCAUUAUUGGACCGUGAAAGCAUUUCUCCCUCACAUGAUGCGGAAUAAUCGGGGUCAUAUUGUGACCGUGGGCUCCGUCACUGGAAUGCUGGGCACCUACGGAUGCAGCGACUACGCGGCCACCAAAUACGCCUGCAUCGGUUUCCACGAGAGUUUGCUCACGGAUCUAAAGGCCCAUGGCUAUGAUAAAAUCCAGAUGAGUUUGAUUUGUCCGUACUACAUCAAUACUGGCAUGUUCUCCGGUGUUCGUCCUCGAAUGAUGCCCAUGUUGGAGCCGCAGUACGUGGCUGAUCGCAUAGAGAACGCCGUCCGGUGCAACGAAGUGUGGUGCGUCCUGCCAAACUCCAUUCGACUGCUUACGCCUCUUAAAUGUCUUUUGCCCGCCAAAAUGUGCUGGGAGCUAAUGUCGCGAGUCAUUCGCGGUCCCGAGUCUAUGAUGAUGUUCCAGGGUCGUGGACGCGUGGCCGCUGGUUAGACUCAAAGUGAACACAGCACCAGUUCCACAUACUUUUAGCUUAAGUUGUUUUCAAGAGGCGUUAAACUAUAAUGUUACAAUAAACUAAAUUAAUCGAUUGAA